GUCCCAGCAUGCAAUGCGCAGUGACGUAGUCAGCUUCUCCGGAUGUUGCCAGCGUCUUCAUUUCCGGUGUGAGAGUUAGCACCGUCUUGCUUAAGCUAGGUUUCCAGAUCUCACUGGAAACAGCAGUGUAAACGCUGGGAAAAUGUCUCACACCAUCCUGCUGGUUCAGCCCACAAAGAGGCCGGAGGGGCGAACGUACGCUGACUUUGAGUCGGUCAAUGAGUGCAUGGAAGGAGUGUGUAAGAUGUACGAGGAGCAUCUGAAGAGGAUGAACCCCAACAGUCCGUCCAUAACGUACGACAUCAGCCAGCUGUUUGACUUCAUCGACGACCUGGCCGACCUCAGCUGUUUGGUGUAUCGGGCCGACACGCAGACGUACCAGCCGUACAACAAGGACUGGAUCAAGGAGAAGAUCUACGUUCUGCUCCGGCGUCAGGCCCAGCAGGCGGCCAAAUGAAGCUGCUACGAGCGGGAGGGGCCGCGGCGAGGGGCCACGCAGCUUCUUUAUCUUUUGUUCUUUGUAUGCAGUGGAAUUGUAUUUUAUUAUUUGACUAAUAAAGUUCACUAAAAUACCUAAA